AUAUAUAUAUAUAUAUAUAUAUAGAGGGAGAGAGAGAUGAAGAAGGGAACAAAUUCUCAGUCUCAGGAAAAUUAAAAGUGUUAGAUCUCAGAUUUUCAGUACUCCAUGGAUGUGCUCUGUUUUUCCGACAAGACAACAGGGUAUAGAACUGAUCUUCAAAUGGGUUUGAAUCUGCAACAUAAAGAACCCUCUUUCGGUCACAGAGAUAUGGAGAUUCAUCAUUUCUCGAAGGCUGGAGCUUUGGGUUAUUGUUACCCUUUUACGCAUGAGCAGAUGAAGGAACUGGAGAGACAAGCGAUGAUAUACAAAUACAUGAUGGCAUCUAUCCCUGUCCCCUUUGAUCUCCUUAUCGCAUCCACGUCCUCUUCCUAUAAUCCGAAAGUGACCGGAGAUUCAGAGCCGGGAAGAUGUCGGAGAACGGACGGGAAGAAGUGGAGGUGUUCAAGAGACGUAGUUCCUAAUCACAAGUACUGUGAGCGACACUUGCACAGAGGACGCCCUCGUUCAAGAAAGCAUGUGGAACCUUCCCGUCGUCGUCUUCCUUAUGCUCGUGGCAAUAACAAUGGAAGUUCAGACAAAACCAGAGAUUCUGGAGCUGCUCCGCGCCUGUCUCUUAACUCCAUCGGCAACCACUCAUCGUACGGAGUAGAACCCAGAGGAAGCUUUCUGUGGGACACGAAGAAAGGAGAUAUCUUUCCCAUGGAGACAGAGACUGAGCAGAACAGCAAGUAUCUGAAUUUCAUCGAUGUCUGGUCUGAAGGAGUAGCCGCGCCUGAUGAACAGCACUGUUCAACUCCUGUUUUCAGAUCCUCCGUCUCCACCAACCGGGAUCCCUCACUAACCUCGCUUGAAUUGUCAAUGGGAGGCAACAAUCUGGUGGAUGACGAAAUGGGUUGGAUCCAAAUGGGCUUAGGAGUCACUGGGUACGGUGGUUCUUCGACGGAGAUUCCCAGCUGGCUUACUCCGGCGGCGACCCCCGGCGGACCACUGGCGGAGAUUCUGAGACCGACCCCGAUUUUCACCUCCUCCGUUGGAGACGGUGAAUCAUGCUACUGCUUGACUGCGACGGCGACGAGCUCGUCGACCUCUGGAGCGAUGAAGAGGACGACUGCUUCACUGUCCGAUGGAAGCAGCCAGAGUUAGGCUCAUGAAAUCUCUGUUCCUUCGUUUUGCUUCUCGACUCUGUCUGUAAGGAAAUUAUCGUUCGGAGGUUUAUCUAAUUAGGUUUUCCCACGCA